AUGGCAUCUACUCCACCCCCUCCAUCCCGGUCCGCCCUCAGCAAUAAGGCCCACCGAUACCGCAUGCUCUCAAGCCUCCUCUCCCUACUGGACCGAUACCUCUCCUGGCCACUCCCCCCAGGACCAAGCGUCGAAAUCGCCAUUCCCUCAAAAGUCAGCAUAUGCCCGGGAUCAUCCCAACUAUACUUCUUCACCUCACCCUCAAAACCCCUCUGUCCCCGCAAGCACGCCAACCCAUGCCCGCCCCGCCCCGUCCUUAUCAACUUCCACGGCGGCGGCUUCUCAAUCGGCCACGCUCUCGACGAUGCCCGCUGGGCAGGUACCGUACUGAAAGCCUGCCCAGAUGCGGUAGUAGUAAGCGUUGACUACCGCCUAGCCCCAGAGCAACCCUUCCCCGUCGGGCUAGAGGACGGCGUCAAUGCUAUACUAUGGCUAUGGCAAGAAGCGGAGAAGCUCAAUCUUGACAAAACGCGCUUCGCGCUCAGCGGAUUUAGCGCAGGUGGAAACCUCGCUCUAGCAGUACCAUUCCGACUGCACGAGGAACUACAGAAAAAGCGCUGGACAUCGAUAGGCGGGGAGAUAUCGUUGGCUGGAUUGGUGGUAUUUUACCCUAGUACAGACUGGACGCGAACGCGGAAAGAGCGUGAUGCGACAAAUCCGAUUGCCGCGGAAAAAACUAUGAUCUCCCCUUCUAUGUAUAAGUUCUUUGACGAUUCAUACCUUCUCCCUACAGCUCUGCCGAAACGGCCGGAUACAGGUCGGACGGAUAUGUCGCACCCUUAUCUUUCCCCUGGGCUGGCGUCUGCGUCUCUGUUGCAUGCGAGCUACCCGCCUGCGGUGGCGAUUUAUACUUGUGGAUGGGAUCAGUUGCUUGUUGAGGGGAACACAUUCCGGGAACGGCUUAGUGGGUUUGUUGAGGAAGGGAAGAUGACGAGUGUAGGCGGGUUUGUCGUUGAGAAUGUUAUUCAUGGAUUUGAUAAGAAGCCCUCUUUUUGGAGGAAGAACCAAAUGCGUGAGAGGAUGUACGGGGAUGCUAUUAGCCAGUUGAAGGUGAUAUGGAAGAUGAAAUGA